GCGCAGCUCCGGCCCAGCCUCACCCAGCGCGGGACGCGUCGCAGGUGCCCACGAACCAUGGCGACGUCCGCGCCGAGGGUGGGACUCUGUGCUUCUGGCCGCUACCUCCUCCACCUCCCUUCCAUCCUCGCCAAGAUGCCUGUCCCCGGCGCCUUCAUCCUCCUCGCGGCCGUCUCUGCCUCCGGCUGCCUAGCGUCCCCAGCCCACCCUGAUGGAUUUGCCGGGCUGAGCCGGGCCCCUCUGGCUCCCCCAUACGCCGUGGUUCUCAUUUCCUGCUCUGGCCUGUUGGCCUUCAUCUUCCUCCUCCUCACCUGUCUGUGCUGUAAACGGGGCGAUGUCGGCUUCAAGGAAUUUGAGAACCCGGAGGGGGAGGACUGCUCCGGGGAGUACACGCCGCCUGCGGAGGAGACCUCCUCCUCGCAGUCUCUGCCUGAUGUCUACAUUCUCCCGCUGGCCGAGGUCUCCCUGCCCAUGCCCGCCCCGCAGCCUUCACAUUCAGACAUGACCACCCCCCUGGGCCUCAGCCGCCAGCACCUUAGCUACCUACAGGAGAUUGGAAACGGCUGGUUUGGGAAGGUGAUCCUGGGAGAGAUUUUCUCCGACUACACCCCAGCCCAGGUGGUGGUGAAGGAGCUCCGAGCCAGCGCGGGGCCCUUGGAGCAGCGCAAGUUCAUCUCGGAGGCCCAGCCAUACAGAAGCCUACAGCACCCCAACAUCCUCCAGUGCCUGGGCCUGUGCGUGGAGACCCUGCCCUUUCUGCUGAUCAUGGAGUUCUGUCAGCUGGGGGACCUGAAGCGGUACCUGCGGGCCCAGCGGCCCCCCGAGGGCCUAUCUCCUGAGCUGCCCCCUCGAGACAUGCGGACACUGCAGAGGAUGGGUCUGGAGAUCGCCCGCGGGCUGGCACACCUCCACUCCCACAACUAUGUGCACAGCGACCUGGCCCUUCGUAACUGCCUGCUCACCUCCGACCUCACCGUGCGCAUCGGAGACUACGGGCUUGCCCACAGCAACUACAAGGAGGACUACUACCUGACCCCGGAGCGCCUGUGGAUCCCCCUGCGCUGGGCGGCACCCGAGCUCCUCGGGGAACUGCAGGGGACCUUCAUGGUGGUGGAUCAGAGCCGCGAGAGCAACAUCUGGUCCCUGGGAGUGACCCUGUGGGAGCUGUUUGAGUUUGGGGCGCAACCCUACCGCCACCUGUCAGACGAAGAGGUCUUGGCCUUCGUGGUCCGCCAGCAGCACGUCAAGCUGGCGCAGCCGCGGCUCAAGCUGCCCUACGCCGACUACUGGUACGACAUCCUUCAGUCCUGUUGGCGGCCACCUGCCCAGCGCCCCUCGGCCUCUGACCUCCAACUGCAGCUCACCUACCUGCUCUCCGAGCGGCCCCCGCGGCCUCCUCCACCCCCACCCCCACCCCGAGAUGGUCCCCUCCCCUGGCCCUGGCCCCCAACGCACACUGCGCCGCGCCCAGGGACCCUGUCCUCCCCCUUCCCCCUCCUGGAUGGCUUCCCCGGGACUGACCCCGACGACGUGCUAACGGUGACAGAGAGCAGCCGGGGCCUCAACCUGGAGUGCCUGUGGGAGAAGGUGCGGCGGGGGGCUGGCCGGGGCGGGGGCACUCCCCCCUGGCAGCCGGCCUCUGCGCCGCCGGCGCCCCACGCCAAUCCCUCGAACCCCUUCUACGAGGCCCUGUCCACGCCCAGCGUGCUGCCCGUCAUCAGUGCGCGGAGCCCCUCUGUGGGCAGCGAGUACUACAUUCGCCUGGAGGAGCAUGGCUCCCCGCCCGAGCCCCUCUUCCCCAACGACUGGGACCCCCUGGACCCAGGAGUGCCCACCCCUCAGCCCCCCCAGGUCCCCUCCGAGGUACCCCAGCUGGUGUCCGAGACCUGGGCCUCGCCCCUCUUCCCGGCACCCCGGUCCUUCCCGGCCCAGGCCUCAGCCGCUGGCGGCUUCCUUCUAAGUGGCUGGGACCCCGAGGGCCGGGGUGCUGGGGAGACCCUGGCCGGGGACCCUGCCGAGGUGCUGGGGGAGCGGGGAGGCACCCCGUGGGCCGAGGAGGAGGAGGGCCAGCCGAAGAGGCCGGAGCCAGUGGUCUUGAGAGCGUGGCCGGAGGCGGCCCCCGAGGGAGGCCCCGGGGCCCCAGACUGCAGGGGCGGCGGAGACACGGCACCCAGCGGAGACGGGGACCCCCCCAAGCCGGAGAGGAAGGGUCCCGAGAUGCCACGGCUCUUCUUGGACUUGGGACCUCCCCAGGGGAACAGCGAGCAGAUCAAAGCCAAGCUGUCCCGGCUCUCGCUGGCGCUGCCGCCGCCCCGUGGAGAACUGACGCCCCGAAGACCCGACCCCCCAGCACCCCCCGAAGAGGGGUUGAGACUAGAAACCUCUGUGGACGAAGGAGCCACUGCCACCCCCCCAGACUCCGCCUCCGGGGAGGUACCCGAGGCAGGGCCCUCCCCGCCCCCCACCAUGUGCCAAAUGGGAGGCCCCGGUCCCCCGCCCCCCAGCCCCCCGGAGGGCUCCCCUGAACCCCCGGAUCCCCUUGGUGCCAAAUGA